GGACGGUGCUUCGGGCCGAUUUAACCUCUCAACAAUGAGAGAACACCGCUCCAUAGCGCUGGUUACUCUAUAGAGACGGAACUUGUUUCGACUACACCUGAUUAUCGGAAAUCAAUCCGGCGGGCUUUAAGGUUCAAGCAGUGCUAUCGUCCUGCGUUUCUACUGCUCAUUAUCUUACACGGACAUCAGUCUCACGUUUUUCCCUUUCUUUCUGGGGACACUCUAACCCGGAAUUUCAAAGACGAAACGGAGAUAACCGCGUAUAGAUGCUGCUCUGCUAGAUCUUCUUUGCGACGUUGAUCUCGGAUAUUAGACAAAAAUGGGACGUAGAAGUAUAUAAAGCACCUUGUAGUGCUCGACCUCUUCACUGAAUCCUCAACGGCGUCUUCUGACACUUACAAUGACUUUGUCUACUUCGACGACACGCACUAAACGUUGUAUCCGACGUCGAGGCAUGCCCUCCUGGACGUCGGCUCUUUCUAGUCUUGCUGGACAUCUGCUAGCUCUUAAACCGAGGCAUGCAUCGGAACAAGUUGGCAAUACGAUAUUGUCCUUCCUGGACCACUUUGACACCAGCAAUCUGCCCUCCAUUUGGGACCCGUCGCUCCAGGCUCUCUGUUUGGUAGAGGCCGAGCGCCGCGGUUACUCGGUCGAGGUGCUUAAACCUUACCUGGUAUUGGGGCUGAACAUUACCACCGCCGCAUAUCACUACAUCGACGAUACCAACGUCAAGAUGUUCAUCUCGUUCUUCUGCAUGUUCUUGAUAUACCUUGAUGAUGUCUAUCCCGACGAUUCAGACGCAUUGGGUGGGGUCCCCGAUUUUACCAGGCGCUUCACAUCAUCAGAGAAGCAGUCGAGCAAAAUCCUGAACGACUUGGCCGACCUUCUUACCGAAAGUUCUCAGCACUUCGGCAAAGUCACUGCGGACUUCAUUGUCCACUCCGCUCUGAAGUUUAUUACCGGCCUAAUUUUAGAGGUCCAAAGCAAGUUCGAGCCGACGCAUCGAAUUGAAGAAUACGCUAUAUUUCUUCGGGAGCAAUGCGGGCUCGCAGAAGCAUUUGCCAUGUUUAUCUUCCCCAGAGACAUCCCGUACCACCUAUACAUCCAGGCGCUCCCUUCCAUGCGAGAUUUCAUCGACUUCGCAAACGACAUCCUCUCCUUCUACAAAGAGGAGUGUAGCGGCGAUACCAACAAUUUCAUAUCUCUGCUGGCUCAAGCCCGUGGUUCACCGAAGAUCAAAGUCCUCCGCUACGUGGUGAGGCAGUGCUUGACGGCAUACGAGAGAACCCUACGUAUCUUGUCGCCACACAGGGAGGCGCACAAGGCUUUUAGGAAUUUCACGAACGGGUAUCUGGCCCUUCACUUGGGUAUGAAAAGAUACAGAUUGAGCGAGCUUGGCAUAUAGUACAAUUUCCUUCUUUUAACUUAUCAAUUAUUAAGAUACUGUAUUAUAUGACGCAUAAUCAAGAUACCCAUUGUUUUCAUGCUUUC